AGUAAGAACCAUGACUCUAUUAUUCUACAUCGCCUCCCGUCCCAAAGCUGAAAGCGAAAGCAGCCACAGAGCAACAGCAGCGGCAGCACAAAGCGAGAAAAGCUUCCCCGCUGUCGGUCGGUGAUGUCUCGUCUCUUACGCGGAGCAAGCCUCGGCCACCCCAACGGCACCUCCUCCUCCUCCUCCGUCGCCAUGCCUCCCGCCUCCUCCGACCUCCCCUCCCCCUUCGGCUCCCUCGGCGUCACCCUUUCGGACGCCGAUCUCCGCGAGACCGCCUACGAGAUCUUCGUUGCAUCCUGCCGUACAACCGGCUCCAAGCCACUCACCUACAUCCCCCAGUCCGAGCGGACGCCCCCAUCUUCCACCCUCUCCUCCUCCUCUUCCUCCUCCGCCGCGACGCCUUCCUCUCUGCAGAGGUCGCUUACCUCCACCGCUGCCAGCAAGAUGAAGAAGGCUCUCGGGCUCAAGUCGUCCUCGGGCAAGAAGGCGAGCCCCGGCAAGGAGACCACCCCCUCCAAGCCCGCGCGGAAGCCCGCCACGGUUGCUGAACUCAUGAGGUUGCAGAUGGGGGUUUCCGAGCAGACGGAUUCGCGGAUCCGGAAGGGAUUGCUUCGGAUUGCAGCCGGGCAGCUUGGGAAGCGCAUGGAGUCAAUGGUUCUACCUCUAGAAUUAUUGCAGCAAUUCAAGGCUUCUGAUUUUCCAGACCAGCAUGAAUAUGAAGCCUGGCAGCAUAGAAACUUAAAGGUUCUUGAGGCUGGUUUACUAGUGCAUCCUCUCGUUCCAAUAGAGAAGUCAGAUGCUUCAGCACAACGGCUUAGACAAAUCAUACGUGGAGCGCAUGACAAGUUGCUUGAAACUGGAAAAAAUUCAGAGUCAAUGCAAGUGUUACGUAGCGCUGUUAUGUCCCUUGCCUGUAGAUCCCCUGACAGAUCUGCCUCAGAUUGUUGUCACUGGGCUGAUGGUGUUCCUCUCAAUCUUUACCUUUACCAAAUGUUGCUGGAAUCUUGUUUUGAUGUCAGCGAGGAUGGCUCAAUCAUCGAGGAAAUUGAGGAGGUUUUAGAGUUGAUAAAGAAGACUUGGGUCAUCCUUGGUAUAAACCAGAUGCUUCACAAUCUCUGCUUUACUUGGGUAUUGUUUCACCGGUUUGUUACAACUGAUCAAGUAGAAAUUGAUCUGCUGCUUGAAGCUGAUAAUCAUAUGGCUGAUGUUGCAAAAGAUGCAAAAACAACAAAAGAUCCAGGUUAUUCAAAGAUUCUGAGUUCAACUUUGAGUUCCAUAUUGGGGUGGACGGAGAAAAGACUUCUUGCUUACCAUGAUACUUUUAAUGCUAGUAACAUUGAAUUUAUGCAAGGUAUCCUAUCAUUAGGAUUAUCUGCUGCGAAGGUGUUGGUUGAAGAUAUUUCCAAUGAAUAUCGGCGUAAGAGGAGGGAAGAGACUGAUGUAGCGCGUAAUAGAGUUGAUACUUAUAUCAGAUCAUCACUUCGUACUGCUUUUGCCCAAAAAAUGGAACAAGCAGACUCCAGCAGGCGAUCUUCAAAGAACCAGAACAAUCCUACUCCUGUUUUGUCCAUCCUUGCAAAGGACAUUGGUGAACUGGCAAACAAGGAAAAAGAAUUGUUCAGUCCAAUAUUGAAGAAAUGGCAUCCGCUUGCUGCAGGUGUUGCUGUUGCUACACUACAUUCUUGUUAUGGAAAUGAACUAAAGCAGUUCAUAUCUGGUGUUAUGGAACUUACGCCUGAUGCAGUUCAAGUACUUAGAGCUGCAGAUAAGCUAGAGAAGAAUCUUGUGCAUAUUGCAGUUGAAGAUUCUGUUGACAGUGAGGAUGGAGGCAAGUCACUAAUCCGGGAGAUGCCACCUUAUGAGGCUGAAUCCGCGAUUGCUAAUCUUGUUAAGGUGUGGAUCAAGACAAGAGUAGACAGGCUAAAGGAAUGGACUGAACGAAACUUUCAGCAAGAGAACUGGAACCCAGGAGCAAAUAGGGAGAACUGUGCUCCUUCUGCAACUGAAGUUCUACGGCUAAUUAAUGAGACGCUCGAUGCCUUUUUUCAACUGCCUAUACCAAUGCAUCGAGACUUACUUCCUGAUUUGUUGGUAGAAGUUGAUAAAAGUCUACAACACUAUGCGAUAAAGGUGAAGUCUGGAUGUGGUACACGAGGAAGUUUUAUGCCUGCAUUGCCUGCCCUGACCAGAUGCGAAGUUGGUUCGAAACUGUGGAAGAAAAAAGAGAAGCCACAGAAUUUGCCAAAAAGGAGAUCACAGGUUGGAUCAAGAGAUAGUGAUUCUUUUGGUCUAUCACAACUAUGUGUUCGCAUGAAUUCACUUCAGUACAUACGGACAGAGUUAGAGAAUCUAGAGAAGAAAAUAAUAACUUGUUUACGGAAUGUCGAAUCAGCACAAGCAGAUAUAACAAAUGGGUUAAAUAUCAGUUUCCAACUUACUCUAGCCUCCUGUCAGGAAGGAAUUCUUCAACUAUGUGAGAUGACAGCUUACAAAGUGAUCUUCCAUGACUUGAGUCAUGUUCUCUGGGAUGCCUUGUACAUGGGUGAGAUUGCUUCUUCAAGAAUUGACCCUUUUAUAACGUCACUUGAUCCUGUGCUGGAGACUAUAUCCAGUACUGUGCACAACAGGGUAAGAAACCGUGUCAUAACUGCACUUAUGAAAUCCUCUUGUGAUGGAUUUCUGCUGGUUGUCCUAGCCGGUGGGCCAAUGCGUGUGUUCUCUCGUCAAGAUGCACAGAUAAUCGAGGAAGAUUUUGGCUCCCUGAAGGAGAUGUAUCUGGCUGGUGGGGAUGGAUUGCCUCAAGAACUUGUUGAAAAAGCUUCAUCACAAGUGAAAAAUGUGCUGCCUCUGUUCCAUGCUGAUACUGAGAGUCUCAUUGAGCGAUUCAAGCGUUUGAUCGCUGAGACAAAUGGCGCUUCACUCAAAUCAAGGUAUCCACUGCCUCCAACCACAGGGAACUGGAGCCCUACAGAGGCCAAUACUGUUUUACGGGUGUUAUGCCACAGAAACGACGAGGCUGCCACAAGGUUCUUAAAGAAAACUUACAACCUUCCUAAAAAGCUGUAACCUCUCACUGUGUUUUUGGAAGAAGAUAUGCGCUGGUUUUGACAUUUCAAGGGCACCCCUUAUGUCCCUGACCUGCACCAUAUGAUUUACUUCCGUGAUCCAUUCGAGACCAAUGGUGAUGAUGCAGCAACUAGAUGAUUGACCAGGUAUAAGUUUGGCACAUUUAUAUGGUUCUUUUCGGUUAACUGUGAUGUUCCUAAGGGUAGGAUGUCUAUACCACAUUUAGUUGUAUUCUUUCUGUCUAGUUACAACGACAUUGUACCUCAUUGUUUUGGUUCCUAAUAUGGUUUUCUCUAGCUUUGUAA